AUGAUUAGAUACGGGCCUGAAUUUCAGUCACAUGUCUUCAACGAGGGCAUACGAAGUACAGUUAAAGUGGCCGAUAAUAAUAACAGUGAUGAUUAUGGCGCGCAAUCAGCGGAUCUAAAAAGCACGAAAACUGGCAAGAACAAAUAUAUCCCGGCCAAGGGUGAAAAAGAGCAGGUGUCACGGUGGGAGGGGUUUUUUUUUGCAUCAGAUUUUAAUUGCGUAUGCAGCUAUCUAGCUAUGACACAAUAUCAAAGAAAAGUACAGAAAAAAUGA